AUGACUAAUCCCGAGCUCCGUCGACAAGUCAUCAACAUCUACAAAGAGCUGCUCAAUAUCGGUCGGGAAUAUCCACUAGGAUACGAUUACUUCAGGACAAGAUUGCACAAAGCGUUCUCCAGUCAGGCGCACCUGGACGACGAUGAACAGAUACGAAAGGGUAUAGCUAGGGCGGAGUUUGUCAAAAAGGGUAUCGAAUCCCUUUUCCCCCUCCUUCAGACCAUUGUAUUGAAUUGA